GAUAAAAUUCAUGAGAGUAUUUUCAUUGGUACGAUUCAAUGAUAGGUUAGAUUGGCUUUUGAACUUUUAUUUCAAAGCAAUUAUUCGCAUAGAACGUUGAAAAAUGUCGAAGAUAGGAAGUAGAAUGAAAAUGAAUGUUAAGAAAAUUGCGCAAAAGGCCGAUCACUCGUCAAAAUUACGCACGAAUAUUAGUGCUGGUAUGGCAACGCCUGCACCACCGCUUGGAUCUCAGCUCGGACAGAGAAAUAUUAAUAUUGCAAAUUUCUGCAAAGAAUUUAACGAAAGAACAGCCCAUAUCAAGGAAGGUAUUCCUUUGCCUUGUAGAGUCAAAGUAAAUUCAGAUAGAACUUAUGAUUUAGUGAUCCAUAAACCACCAGCAACAUACUUUUUGAAACAAGCAGCUGGUAUAAAGAAAGGAUCAAUAGGUAGAGAAGACAGGGUAGCUGGUAAAAUCACUUUGAAGCAUCUGUACGAGAUUGCUAAAAUUAAGUCGGAGGAUCCAUCCUUGGCGUUGAUGACAUUGCAACAGAUUUGUCAAAUGAUGGUUGGCAUUGCUCGCACAUGUGGCAUUGAAGUUGUGCGGGAGAUAGACCCAGUUGAGUAUGCCGAAUUCUUAAAAAACAGAGAAGUGAUUGUCACCGAGUUUCGUGAGCAGCUUCAAUUAGCUAAAGAGAGCAAACUGCUCAGAACUAAUGUAUAAACAUAUAUUGAACUUCAUGCUAUAUUAUUGUAUAUUUAGUAAAAAUGAGAAUAUAAUUGCAUCAACAUUU